AUGUCAAGAUUUUUCAUCUUUAGAGUCGUUGGAAAACACACGCAGUCUCUUUUAUCGAAUCAGAAAGAGAGAGGACGAUCCCAAUGGGGAAGCUAUAGAACUGCUGUUACAGCUGCUCUAAGGUCUCCUCAAUUCAGAGUUUACUCUUCCGCUCCUAGAGUUCCGACUCCGAGCAAUGGGCACUGUACAUUUUCCCUUCGAGGUCUCAAAGGAAGGAACCACCUGUCGCGAAACUAUUCCACUGCCUCUGCGAGAAAUGUUGUUACUCAUCAAGCUCAGGUUGCUUGGAAAAGGCUUCAUCUUAAGUGUUCUGUGCGACAAUGGAGCUUACCUCGUAUAAGUAAUUUUGCUAAAGCCUUCUGCUUGUCUCUUACCCGUUCACACUUGUUGAUACCCGGCAUCGUUUCGGUCACUUGCGGGAAAGUAGCUUGGGCGCAAAGAGUUCCCAGCUCUGCGUUAGAUCCCUAUCCUUCACAUAAAUCUCUCUAUUCAAGGGCAAAGAAUGGUCCUAUCUUUCUGUCUUCGUUAGUGUUUUCGGUUAUAGAGGCCUUUAUUUUGAUUGGGAGAGCUUUUUACAUAGCUUGUUUGUUCACUCCCACUGUUCUCAUGGGGCUGGUUGUGGAAGUAGGUGGGCCUCGGUUUAGGAAGAUAUGGCUUGAGAUGAUCCAUCGAACUCUGGAGAGAGCUGGUCCUGCUUUCAUCAAAUGGGGCCAGUGGGCAGCCACACGACCAGAUCUCUUCCCCAAGGAUUUGUGCUCGCAGCUCUCAAAGCUUCACAGUAAUGCUCCUGAGCAUAGUUUUGCCUACACUAAGAAAACCAUCGAGAAGGCGUUUGGUCGUAAGCUCUCUGAGAUAUUCGAGGAUUUUGAAGAGGUUCCAGUGGCAUCCGGGAGUAUUGCCCAAGUGCAUAGAGCUUCUUUGAGGUUUCAGUAUCCAGGACAAAAGUCCAAGUCUUCGUUGGUUGCUGUGAAAGUUAGGCAUCCGGGUGUUGGUGAAUCGAUUAGGAGAGACUUUGUGAUAAUUAACUUGGUGGCGAAGAUAUCGACUUUGAUUCCGGCUUUGAAAUGGUUGAGACUGGACGAGAGUGUGCAACAGUUUGGUGUCUUUAUGUUGUCCCAAGUUGAUCUCGCGAGGGAAGCUUCCCAUUUGAGUCGGUUCAUAUACAACUUCCGGAGAUGGAAAGAUGUCUCUUUUCCUAAACCUGUGUAUCCACUUGUACAUCCUGCUGUUUUGGUGGAGACAUAUGAGCACGGAGAAAGUGUGGCGCGUUACGUUGAUGGCAUGGAAGGACAUGAAUGGAUUAAGACUAGACUUGCUCACAUCGGGACUCAUGCUCUCUUGAAGAUGCUCCUGGUUGAUAACUUUAUUCACGCUGACAUGCAUCCGGGAAACAUCCUUGUUCGGAAAAAAGCUUCCCGUGGAGGCCUUUUCAAGACGAAGAAGCCACACAUCGUCUUCCUCGAUGUGGGAAUGACUGCAGAACUCUCGAAGAACGACAGAGAGAACUUACUUGAAUUUUUCAAGGCGGUUGCGCGUAGAGAUGGCCGUACUGCUGCUGAGAGAACACUUAAAUUAUCAAGAAAGCAAAAUUGUCCCAAUCCAGGAGCUUUUAUCGAGGAAGUAGAAGAAGCAUUCAAAUUCUGGGGAACCCCUGAGGGAGAUUUAGUACAUCCAGCAGAUUGCAUGCACGAAUUACUUGAGAAAGUAAGACGUCAUAGAGUUAAUGUUGAUGGCAAUGUGUGCACCGUGAUGGUAACAACAUUAGUUCUCGAGGGUUGGCAGCGGAAACUUGAUCCAGGAUACGAUGUGAUGCACACGCUGCAAACAAUGGUGCUGAAAACCGACUGGGCUAAGUCUCUUUCUUACACGGUGGAUGGUCUAAUGGCGCCCUAG